AUGCCCCCGACCCCAGAGUCCCAGCUUGGUGAUGGCUCGGCGAGCAAUGAGCCCACGCCGCCUGCGGGCUCCUCGGUUAACUAUACGCCCCCAAAUCAAGACGCUUCUAUGAUAAAAGUUACCAGAGGGCAUAGCUGUGUGUUAUGCCAGCAGCGUAAGGUACGUUGCGACAAGAGCAAACCCUGCUCUAAUUGCCUAAAGGCAAAUGUCGAAUGCCGCGUUGUGCCACCUCAACCACCUAGGCGCCGCAAGAAGCGCGUCCCAGAGCGAGACUUGGUUGAGCGUCUGCGGAAAUAUGAAGCGCUCCUGGCCCAGAACGGUAUCGAAUUUGAUUCGCUAGGCCCGGACGUCAAGAUUGUGGACCCCGGCUCCGUUGAAGACGGUGACGAGCUGGAGUCCGAGUUCAUAAGGCAGAGGAGUAAGGAGUCUCCAGCCGGUGUGGACCCUGACUUGAUCUCAUCACCCGGCGAGACCGCCCAUGUUCCCAGGACUUUCAAAUGGUUUCCUUUCCAGAGGGAGGCUACAACGGAUGAAGCACUUAGAGACUCAUCCGAUGAAGAGGACGUUGGGUCAUCCAUCAAUCAAGCAUACGACAAGAUGUUUGAUAGCCCUGAUGGCUUCCCCUUUGUAGUCGGCGGUCAGUUCGAAAGCGUCACCUCGCAGCAUCCAUCCGCCAUCCAAAUAUUCCAGUUAUGGCAGAUCUACCUAAAUAAUGUUAACCCUCUCCUCAAGCUUACCCAUACACCAACAUUGCAAGUGCGGAUUAUCGAAGCCGGAGCAAGCCUCGACAAGGUGUCCAGGUCCCUCGAAGCGUUAAUGUUUUCAAUCUACCUAAUGGCUAUCACAAGUAUAGAUGAAGAAGAAUGUCAAGCCACGUUUAACGAAUCGAGAAUCAACCUGCUGGCCAAGUAUUAUUAUGCUACACAGCAAGCCCUUUUAAACGCAGGCUUUAUGCGCAACCCGGAUCUGACCUUGCUGCAAGCUUACCUUUUAUAUCUUAUUGGUAUCCGACAAUAUUCGGACCCCCGGUCAUUGUUUUGCUUAACUGGAAUUGGUGUACGCCUUGCCCAGAGGAUGGGUUUGCAUCGUGACGGUGCUCAAUUUAAUCUAUCUCCAUUCGAGGUGGAAGAGAGGAGACGACUAUGGUGGAACCUCGCCGGAUUUGACCGACGAAUAGGAGAACUAUGUGGUUCCAUCAUCACUGCCAUAUCCAAUGGGGGUAACUGCAAAUUACCGCUCAACAUCGACGACGCCAACUUACAUUUACACGCGAAAGACCCUCCUCCACCCUAUACCGGCGCGACUGAGAUGAUUUUCUCUCUCGCACGCCUCGAGUUUGCCAAGGCGCCAGGAAACGAUAAGAUGAGAGGGCAAUCUUCAGAAACGAAUCCCCAAGCGGUUGCAAGCGUUGCUGACCACCGGUUGUCGAGCUAUCUCGAACGGUUUUCUUCCCAUAUGGAGGAUACCUACCUGAAAUACUGCGACCCUAAAGUCCCACUUCAUUACAUGACGCUUCUCAUGACGCGAGCGAAUAUCUGUAAGCUAAAGAUAGUGUCCGGCUUCUUCCGUGUUGCACUUACGGCACCUGCUCCCUUACCGACGGCCGAGAGGGAAGAACUCUUCAUCGAGGCGAUUAAGAUGGUCGAGUAUGAUACCAUGAUGCAAGCAAGAGAAAGUGUACGGGGCUUCCUCUGGUACACUAAUAUGCAUUUCCCAUUCCCGGCUUAUAUAUGCUUGCUUACCGAGCUCCGCCAUCGUACGACGGGUGACUUAUGCGAGCGUGCGUGGGAAACCAUCUGCGAGCACGCUGACCGGAGGAAGAUGACAUCUCACAUGCGUAGUCCUAUGCAUCUAUCCUUCAGCCCUCUCUUUGUAAAGGCGUGGGACGCGCGCGAGGCCGCAGAAGCCGCUCUCGGACGUACCCUAGCACCGCCUCGCCUCAUCACCCACAUGAGACAAAUCGUGGCUCGACUACCAAAGACGAUUAAAAGGAAGUCACCGGUACCGACGCCUUCGCCCAAGAUCCCUGUCAUAAGCGGUGCUUACGUUGCAACGGCGCCGACGCCACCAGAGCAACCGAACGUACCAGGUACUAUACCCAUAUACCCGGAAACCGACAUAUUCGGCGGUGGCAUGCCACAGAUGGACAUGAACCGGCAAUUCGCGAACGCAUUCCCGGACGUAAACUUCGGCGGCGAGAUGGACUGGAACUACUUGAUGCAGGAAUACGGCGGAUUCAUCGCCCACGCACCCCAGAUGACGGCCUACGCGAAUCAGACGCCAAUGCAAGAUCCUAAUCACCCCCCAACUUCUGCGUGGCAGUGA